AUGCUCAAUGGCCUCGCUUCUCUCCCACGCCAUCCCACCACUGUCCUAGCAGCGGAUUCCCGUGUGGGGUGUAUUUUCCGCAUCGACACGCUGACCGGAACCUCGGACAUCGUUGUCCAGAGCGACGCAUUGUCGGCUCCGGCGAAUGGGUCAUCGGAGAUCGGGAUUAAUGGAUUGAAGACACACGGGGAGUAUGCGUAUUAUACCAAUACUGCGUUGAAAACUUUUGGAAGAGUGAAGAUUACCGAUGAUGGUACUGCGGUGCCUGGGAAAGAUGGCAAGGUUGAGGUGGAAGUUCUUGCCACGUUGAACCCCGGAAAGGAGGAAUACCAGUGGGAUGACUUCGAUUUCGAUAAGGAGGGGACAGCGUAUGUGGCUAUGGCAGGGUCGGGUGGUAGGGCAAUCGGAACGAUUAGUCCUGAUGGUGAUGUCGAGGUGUUGUUUACUAAGGUGAUCCGUGGGCCGACUUCGGUGCAUGUUGUUGAAAAGGAGGGGAUGAGGAAGAAGUUGUAUAUCACUACUAAUGGGAACGGUGGACAGGUUGUGGAGGCGGUGCUCUGA